UUGAGAAAAAAAUUAUAACAUCUUGUAUAAUCUUGUUUAUAUCAUGUAUAAAUCCUGUAUUAAUAAUAAUAAUAAUAAUGUCACUAUUGUAUCAAGAAGCAAGAUAACUUAGUUAAGAAGAAAAAAAUAUAGCAUAAAAAAUGUAAUUGAAGCUCAAACUCUAAUCAUUUUAAGUCCAACACCAUACAGGAUGGACACUUUGCCCACACACCUUUUCGGGGUAAGCCAUGAUAUAAGAAGCGGAGAGGAAGUCGUGGAGGAUGAAGAGGAGGAGGAGGAGGAGGAGGAGCAAGGGGAAAAUGGGGGUGAAAAAGAUAAAGUGGAAGAAAAAGAGGAGUCAGCCGCUCAGAAGCAACAGAGACCAGCCUGGGCUCCGAGUUUCUACUACAGAGCCGAUAAGGAGGUGUACUAUUACGCCGGGCAGGAGAUUGUCAUCGGAGGGGCUCUUGACUCCUAUGCAGGCAUGGUAUGGCCGGCGGCUCUGGCUCUCUGUCACUACUUGGACACUCAACGUGAACAGCUAAGUCUUGUGGACAAGGCGGUCCUGGAGAUCGGAGCAGGAACUGGCCUCAUGUCUGUUGUAGCGGCGCUCCUCGGAGCGUCAGUCACAGCCACAGACCUGCCUGAGGUGUUGGGCAACCUCCGGGCCAACGUGAUGAGGAACACCAGGGAGUGCUGCAGAUGCACUCCCCAGGUGGCAGCUCUGUCCUGGGGGCAUGACCUGGAGAGCACCUUCCCUACAUCCGCAUUCCGGUACGACUACGUGCUGGCAGCUGACGUGGUCUACCAUCACCACUUCCUGGACGAGCUCCUGGUCACCAUGAAGCAUUUCUGCAAACCAGGAACGACUUUGAUCUGGGCCAACAAGUUUGUACUCCUGUCUGAGUCGUGCUUUUGGGUGCACGCUAACAGCACCGUGACAUUACAAUCUGGCCAAAUCAUGGCCCCAGCACACCCGCCUGCAGCAAGUCGGUUUGAGAGGAUCGAGGAGGUCCUCCAGCAAGAGCGGACGCAGAUGGUCAGCUUCGCCGAGGAAACACGGCAGACUAUGGCGGCGAUGGUUAACCAGAUACAGUAACUAUCUACAGCCCUGACCCAGCGCGGAGCCUCGCCAUCGUCUCCUGCUUCUCCGCCUUCUGCCUCUCUGGCUCCUGUCUCACCGCCACCUGCGCCAAGACCCGAGCCUCACGUGGGAACCCCGGAGCGCUAUGCUGGAGAACCUGAGGGCUGCAACCCAUUCGUCACAAACUGCUCCAUCCUGUUCUCCCUGCAGCCCCACACCUUUGCCGCGGAGGAGGCUAAGGUAGCCUUCACCAUAAACCACUUGACUGGUAGAGUGAGACUGUGGGGCACCGCUGAAUGGGAGAGACAGACGCCAGCCUGCACUUCGUUCCUGCUGUUUUCGGCGGAGCUUUGCAAGGUAUUCGGGGAGGUCUCCAGGGGUCCAGAUCCAAGCGGGGGACUGGCGGAACUGUGCCAGGGGGACCGAACUGUGGCAGAUUAUGCCCUUGAGUUCCGUACGAGAGCACGCCUGAGCAACUGGAAUGAGGCCGCUCAGUAUGAGGUGUUCUUGACUGGACUAGCGGAUUAUGUCAAGGAUGAACUCAUCUCUUUUGAUUUGUCUGCCAACUUGGAUGGCUUAAUAGAACUGACUUCCCGAGUGGACAGACGCAUCCAGGCAAGGCGACAGGAGCGACGCAGGGGGGAUACAGAUCAUCGCGUUUUCGCUCGACGGCGAGCUGCUCCAGCAGCUAUCAGCAUCACCCCCAGGCCUCAACCAGGGGAGGUCGAACCCAUGGAGGUCGGGCGCACCAGUCUUACCCGUGAGGAGCGGGAGCGUCGUCGUCGGGGAGGUCUUUGCCUGUACUGUGGCCAGGUGGGCCACUUCGUAUCCCGGUGUCCAGUAAAGGGGCGUGGCUCACCCGUAGCAGGAGAGGUACUGGUGAGCGGAACCACAAGACUCUCUCCCAAUCAAAGGCCCCUCUUUCACGCCCAACUGCUGCUCGCAAACGGGCCACAGACUCUCGCUACAUUCAUUGACUCUGGUGCUGACGACAGCUUCAUUGACGAGGACCUAGUUCGUCAGCUGGGGAUCAAGCAGUUACCGCUUCCAUGGCCUGUUCCGGUCAACGCCCUGGAUGGCCACCUACUGGGGAGAGUGACUCACCAGACCACGCCACUCCGUAUGCUCCUGUCCGGGAAGCACCAUGAGACCAUUCGGUUUCUUAUCCUGCGGUCACCCAAGCAUCCACUAAUCCUGGGGCAUCCCUGGCUCCGCCGCCACAACCCCCACAUUGACUGGGCCACGGGAGCCAUCCUGGGUUGGAGUGCAUCUUGUGACCUGAUCUGCCUGAAACAGGCUGCUGCACCUCAGCAGUCAGUUUGCCCCAGCUCUGCAUUGGACCUGUCAGGAGUACCUACGGAAUACCAUGACUAUAGGGAGGUAUUCAGUAAGGUCAAGGCCUCAUGUCUGCUGCCACAUCGACCAUAUGACUGCGCCAUUAACCUGCAACCAGGCACCACCCCACCCAGGGGCCCCCUGUAUUCCUUAUCUGCCCCUGAGAGAGAAGCCAUGGAGGCAUACAUCAGUUCCUCUCUAGCUGCUGGGCCCAUCCGUCCCUCUUCUUCACCUGCAGGGGCGGGGUUCUUCUUCGUAGGGAAGAAAGACAAGUCACUUAGGCCUUGCAUUGACUACAGGGGACUCAAUAACAUUCACCAUGUCCAAGCAGUCCUUCAACGUCUUCUGAGGAAUUCUCUGUUCGUUAAGGCAGAGAAGUGUGAAUUCCACGCCUCUUGUUUCCUUCCUGGGUUAUAUCGUGGGACAGGUGAUCGUGCAGAUGGACCCUGCCAAGGUGGAGGCAGUAACGGCCUGGCCCAUCCCUGACUCGCGUAAGCAGCUGCAAUGAUUCCUGGGGUUUGCCAACUUCUAUCGGAGGUUUAUCCGCGGUUAUAGCACCGUAGCUUCCCCACUCAAAGCCCUCACCUCAUCUAAGGUCCAGUUCCGGUGGUCUCCCUCGGUGGAGGCGGCCUCCCAGGGACUUAAGGUCAGGUUUACCUCCGCUCCUAUCCGCCAAGUUCCUGACCCCAAGCGACAGUUUGUUGUUGAGGUGGAUGCCUCAGAUGUGGGAGUGGGGGCCAUCCUUUCUCAGCAGGCUGCCAGCGACCAGAAGCUCCACCUAUGUGCCUUCUUCUCUAGGCGGCUCUCUCCUGCUGAGAGGAACUAUGAUGUUGGUAACCGAGAGCUGCUGGCCCUUGAAGAGUGGCGCCACUGGCUUGAGGGGAGCAGUCUGCCAUUUUUGUGUUGGACUGAUCACAAGAAUCUCGAGUACAUUCAGUCCGCCAAGAGGCUAAACUCUCGGCAAGCCAGAUGGUCUCUGUUUUUUACCCGGUUUAACUUUCCCUCUGUUACAGGCCUGGUACCCGUAACGUCAAGCCAGACGC